CAAAAUGGUUGCAUUCCGUCAGCUCCUUUCCAUCUUCACCGUCGCCCUUAGCGCAAGCAGUGCCAUGGCAGCUGCCCUGCACCCAAAAAAGGCCGCCACGCCUGCCCUUCCCCACUCACUGGAAAAGAAGACCAGCGACAUUUGCGCCGAAGUCAACCUCUCCCUCGCCGUCAGCGUCCUCAGCAUCCUCACGCUCGACCUGUCGCCGCUCAAGAUCUGCCUCUGCCUCAGUGGCAUUGACAUCUUCCUUCAUGCCGACGCGACAGUUGACGCGCUUGUCAAGGUCCUUGGUUCCCUGCUCGACGUGGAGGCCUUCCUGACCGCUCAGAUCAACGCGCACGGCCAGCAGUGCACCUACCCCACGGGCGCGGUUCCCCACUGCUCCGCUUCCAACCCUUGCGACUUCUCCUGCCCCAGCGGCUACGUCAAGCAAUCCGGCCAGUGCGUGCUCGUCGGGUCCAGGCGCGCUGCUAAGCGGGACAUGGGCAAGUGCUCAUCCGGGUACACCAAGUGUGGAGUACCCUCUGGUAUCAACGCGUACGAGUGCGUCGACACGCGUUCUUCUCUCGAGAGCUGCGGAGGCUGCGUCAUCCCCUUCCCAGGCAUGCGCCCGACAGGUCAAGACUGCACCCAGAUCCCCGGCGUAUCCGACGUCUCCUGCAUCCAGGGCACGUGUCGCGUUUCCCGCUGUGCCGAGGGCUUCACCCGCUCCGACGACGGGACGGAGUGCGUCGCCGUCCAAGCGGGAGGACAGGUCGUCCUUGCUUGAUCGGCUCUCUGCAUGUGAAGAACAACUUUCUUUCCGGUCUCUCUUUGUCGGUCCCAAACCCAAAAGCGCAUCCGUCCCGCAUUCCGCAGCUGUAACAACACCCUUCCAACCUUCACCUUAACCUUACCUCAUUCUUGCCGCCCCAGUGCGUGCCCUUCGGCCCGGUCCCGGAUUUUUCUCUUUCUCUUGCCCUUCCCUUUCCGCGGUCAUUCCGCGAUCGGACUUUUUUUUGCCUUGCUUCGGCCAUCCUAAAGCGCCGCUAGCCUGCCACUCCUUUAACACCAGCAUACCACCGGUAGAUGCCGGCUACCUCUCUGCUGCUAAACCCAAA